AUAGUUGAAAAAAUGACUUCCAAGCAGCAAACUUUACUGGAUUUACCUAUAUCAAUUGCGAAUCAAGUUUUGGAAAAAUUGGGACCUGUGGAAAUACUAACCUGCCGAAAGGUGUGUAGAAGUUUACGCACCGCUAUUGAUAAACUCGGAACUCACUUCAACAAAAUAUCAAUUAGAUUAUGGGAUAACAGCGUUUCGGUAGAUUUCGACGGAAUUGGAAUCAACUACUGUAAUGAAUUCAAUGGUGGCUCAUGUGUUUGGUUCAAAAAGCAACAGAAAACCAUAGAAGGUGUAAACUAUAUAAAAGCAGCUUUCAUUGAUUUGAAGAUACUUCUGAGGCAUACAUCACAGUUAUACAUUUCAAGCAGGGAAAAGUAUCGGCAUAACACUGUCAGUUAUUUUGUAGACGUUCUGAAGGAGGAUGUGAAUAUCCACGUGGAAACUGUGACUCUGAAUAAGUUCUCAUUCGAUGAUGUUUUAUUAAUCCUUCCUUUAUUCAAUAGUCAAACAUUGGAAGAAAUCUUGUUGUGGGAAACGGUUGCAGCUGACGAAUUCGAGCAGAUAACUCAUCUGGAUCAAUGGAAGAACACGAAGAAAUUCAAUUUUUGGAUUUGUUCGUUUGAAUGUGAACAUAUUGAAUAUCUGUUUCAUUUUGAGGAGUUUAGUAUCUAUACUGAUGAAUUUCCAAUACAAAGUGCGAUUAAAGUUCGAGAUGAUCUGCUGACAAGAAGUACAUUCCAGGAAUGCACAAUUUUUAUUGUGAAAGCUAAUUUGAAACCUGUUGAACUUGCACAAAUAUUCCAAGCGGAUUAUUCUGACGGCGAUGCAUUCAAAAUUAAUUAUUCAAAUUACAAUUCCAAUUUUGCAAUACAUUGUGAAGAUUAUUCUUUUGUGGACGAUAAAUGGAAGUUUGUGAUUCAACGAACGUAAUAAACGUUUUUGUAAUAUUCACGGUUUUUGUAAAACAUUAAACCUCUGAAACUUCAAAAAUUGGUUUCCUAUAUAAUGUGUAAUAAAGUAUAUUAUUCAUAUUU